AUGUCAUACCCAGGCUAUCCUCCAACAGGCUACCCACCUUUCCCUGGAUAUCCUGGGAGUCUGGGAAACCCUGCAGGUCAGGAGUCAUCUUUUCCCCCUCCGGGUCAGUAUCCUUAUCCUAGUGGCUUUCCUCCAGUGGGAGGAGGUGCCUUCCCCCCAGCCCCAAGUAGUGGCUACCCUGGAGCUGGAGGCUACCCAGCCCCUGGAGGUUAUCCAGCCCCCGGAGGUUAUCCUGGUGCCCCACCACCAGGGGGAGCUCCAUCCUAUCCAGGAGUUCCUCCAGGUCAAGGGUUUGGCGCCCCACCAGGUGGAGCAGGCUUUUCUGGCUAUCCACAGCCACCCUCACAGUCUUAUGGUGGCAGCCCAGCACAGGUCCCACUACCUGGUGGCUUUCCUGGAGGACAGAUGCCUUCUCAGUAUCUUGGAGGACAAGCUCCUUACCCAAGUCAGCCUGCUGCGAUGACUCAGGGAACUCAAGGAACAGUCCGACCAGCUGCCAACUUUGAUGCCAUGAGAGAUGCAGAAAUUCUUCGUAAAGCAAUGAAAGGUUUUGGGACAGAUGAGCAGGCAAUUGUGGACGUUGUGGCCAACCGUUCCAAUGAUCAGAGGCAAAAAAUUAAAGCAGCUUUUAAGACCAUGUAUGGCAAGGAUUUAAUCAAAGACCUUAAAUCAGAGUUAAGUGGAAAUAUGGAAGAACUGAUCCUUGCCCUAUUCAUGCCACCUACAUAUUACGAUGCCUGGAGUUUACGGAAUGCAAUGAAGGGAGCAGGAACUCAGGAACGUGUAUUGAUUGAAAUUUCGUGCACGAGAACAAAUCAGGAAAUCUGAGAAAUUGUCAGAUGUUAUCAGUCAGAAUUCGGACAAGACCUUGAAAAGGAUAUUAGGUCAGAUACAUCUGGGCAUUUUGAACGUUUACUGGUAUCCAUGUGCCAGGGAAAUCGUGAUGAGAACCAGAAUGUUAACCACCAGUUGGCUCAGGAAGAUGCUCAGCGUCUCUAUCAAGCUGGUGAGGGAAGACUAGGAACAGAUGAAUCCUGCUUUAACAUGAUUCUCGCCACAAGAAGCUUUCCUCAACUGAAAGCUACUGUGGAGGCUUAUUCCAGGGUGGCUAAUCGAGAUUUGCUAAGUAGUGUUGCCCGUGAAUUUUCUGGAAAUGUUGAAAGUGGUUUAAAGACCAUCUUGCAGUGUGCCCUGAACCGCCCUGCCUUCUUUGCUGAGAGGCUCUACUAUUCUAUGAAAGGUGCCGGCACAGAUGACUCCACCCUGGUCAGGAUUGUGGUCACUCGAAGUGAGAUUGAUCUUGUACAAAUAAAACAGACCUUCAGUCAGAUGUAUCAGAAGACCCUGGGCACAAUGAUUGCGAGUGACACAAGUGGAGAUUACCGAAAGCUUCUUCUGGCCAUUGUGGGCCAAUAGGAGGGAUUUUUUUUUUUUUUUAAAUAAAUGAAGCAUAUCCUUCAGUGAUUGACCUGCAUGCAGCAGUAUCAACCAUCACCUAACCAAAAGAGCUUUUUACUAAGGACCGUGUCAGGGUACUGUGCUUGGUUUGCACAUGUGGUUACUGCCUUAAUUCCAAUGUUAUUUUUUUCUCUGUAUACAAUCAAUUUGAAGCCAUAUCACAAUGAUGUAGUACUAAUGCAAUGGUUGUAAGGCAUAAUUUGCACUGUUUUUAUCCUAAUCAGGAUCCCAAAUUGAAUAAAAAAAUCACAGCAGUUUCCAAGUCUGCAUAAUAAAGCUGAAUAA